ACGCACAUUGCGCACUGGUCACUGUCGAGGCUUCUCAGCUGGUUUGCCAAACAUCCACAGAAAAAAAGAGAUGAGCAGGAAAACGAGACGAAGGAAACGACAAUAAUUAAUUUUAAGCAGAGACAUAGCGACACAUCUAAAAAUCUGUUUAGGUGUUCCAUUACCUGGGGUCCAACACUUGACUUGCUAUUCCAUUGGACCCAGCAGUUCUCUGACAGAUUUAGAAGCAUCUAUAUGACAGUGGACGUCUAAAAAGGUCUAGUAGCAGCUCUGAAACCAAUUCGCUUACAUCUAUGGCAACAAAUCACACAACAAAAGCAUUUGGUCAUAACCGAAUAUCAGAUAUACACAAGAUAAACUUCUGAAGCUCUCUGUUAUAAACUUAUUCCUGCUGUCAAAGUCUUCACUGAGUUUGAGUGUAUGGAUAUUGUGCUGACAACAGGCUAUUGUCAUGGUGGCCUGGUAUGUCUGAGCUAGUGUGGUGUCUCCGUUUCUAAUAGAAUGUUAGCAUAUGGCUAGCUACGUAUGAUGACAGUUGAUGCCAUUAUUCUAUUCCUUUUGAUCUCUGGCCCCUACAAGGGGGUAUACACUUGUUUGCAGUGGUACUCCCUUACCCCAUCAUCUUUUCAUUUUUCUUUCAUUCAAUCAUCCACACACCCACCCAACAAUCACCAGGUGUUAUUUUUGCUCCAUCAUUCACUCACUUCAGUCCUCAUCACUUUUGUACAGCACUAAGCACUCUAGCGCCGCCUAACUAAGCUCUGGGCCUUUAUGUGAUCCAAUUUUAUUCUUUGAAUUCAUCUCGCAUCUGUCCCAUUUCCUUGCCACAGCCCUGUCUCGACCAUCUCCAUUCACAGUCUGGCCUAGCAAAGACCAUCCUAAAGUAUCAUAGUGAAGCCACUAGGCAGUUGUUUUGGUGGUUGUUUUGGUUGCAUGGAAUCGGCUUAACCGUGGAGAGGCCAGGCUACCACAAACUGAUGGACUUUGACAAGCGAGGAGUUGGGGGAGGAGGCGGCGGAGGGAGGGUGGAAACAGAGGAGGGGAAGAAGAUGUCUGCGAAGACAGGGAGUCGAUCAGGGCACGGUGGCCGAGGUGCUGGCUCCAACUCUGGAGUUCUGAUGGUCGGCCCAAACUUCCGGGUAGGAAAGAAGAUUGGCUGUGGGAACUUUGGAGAGCUUCGACUUGGAAAGAACCUAUACACCAAUGAAUAUGUGGCUAUCAAACUGGAACCCAUCAAAUCCAGGGCGCCACAGCUGCACCUAGAAUAUCGCUUCUACAAACAGCUGGGAAGUUCAGAGGGUGUACCCCAGGUGUUUUACUUUGGACCAUGUGGUAAAUAUAAUGCUAUGGUUCUGGAGCUACUGGGACCAAGCUUAGAGGACUUGUUUGACCUCUGUGAUAGGACCUUCUCUCUGAAGACUGUACUCAUGAUAGCCAUACAACUGAUAACACGUAUGGAGUUUGUCCACACCAGAAGCCUGAUCUAUCGAGAUGUGAAGCCCGAGAACUUCCUGGUGGGCCGACCUGGUUCCAAACGGCAGCACACCAUCCACAUCAUUGACUUUGGCCUGGCUAAAGAAUACAUAGACCCAGAAACCAAAAAACACAUCCCAUACAGAGAACACAAGAGCCUCACUGGAACUGCCAGAUACAUGAGUAUCAAUACACAUCUGGGGAAAGAGCAAAGCAGGCGAGAUGAUCUGGAGGCUCUAGGCCAUAUGUUCAUGUACUUCCUUCGAGGCAGUUUACCUUGGCAGGGACUCAAGGCUGACACUCUGAAAGAACGUUAUCAGAAGAUAGGAGACACAAAGAGAGAUACACCAAUAGAGAUCCUUUGUGAGAACUUCCCAGAAGAGUUGGCCACCUACCUGCGGUACGUGCGUCGGCUGGACUUCUUCGAGAAACCGGACUACGACUAUCUGAGGAAACUCUUCACAGACCUCUUUGACAGAAAUGGAUACAUCUUUGACUACCAGUAUGACUGGACUGGAAAGCCACUGCCCACUCCUAUUGGUCCAGUGGCCAGUGAGACUCCACUUCAGACGAGCAACCGAGAGAAGGCACCACAGACCAAAAACCAGGUGAUGAGCUCAACAAAUGGGGAGCUAAAUACAGAUGACCCCACUGCAGGACACUCAAACGCACCAAUUACAGCCAACGCAGAGGUGGAAGUGGCUGAUGAUACCAAGUGCUGCUGUUUCUUCAAGAGGAGGAAGAGGAAAGCUCUCCAGAGACACAAAUGAAAACAAUAGAGGAGAGAGAAACACCUGCUCUCUUUUUCACUAUUUCUUUCUCUUCCUCUCGUUCUGUCAUCCUCUUCAUAUAACCUCUCUCUCUCUCCCCUGUCACUCCCCUUCUAUGCCUUCUCCUCAUGGGGGUCCUAUAGUCUGCCGUGAGUCAUCAUAGACUGGCUGGAUCAGCAGGCAGUAGAAGAUUUGAAACUGACCUCCUGGUAUCUGCUAAUCUAAACUGACCAGACACAGUAACAUGACUAUGCUGUUCCACCAGGGACUUUAAAUGUGGACUAAACUGAACCAGAGGUGGACUCUUCUUGUAUUUAUGGUCACAAACUGAACUAAAACUGGAUCAACCCAUACUGCUGUGACCACAAAUUAACAGCUGAUAGACUUGGAAAGGCAUGGCAAUUGGCGGACGGUGAGGAUUCACCUUGUUUCCUGGGAGACUGGCUGUCUAGUUUUUUGUUUUUUCUUCUUUGCUGACUGGUUCAGAGGAGAGAGACGUGUAUUUCUGAGGAGAUACAGACGAGAAGACAACAAAAGGAUGUGAUGCAAGUAGACUGUCAGACCACACACACAAACAAAACACAUGCACACACGUAGAAAUACACUGCACACUGUAUUGAGCUCAUCGUGAAGAGACUCCUUAGACAAAAGGUUGCAGCUCUCGCACAUUGUCGAUAAAAUGUUAUUCCCUGGGGUAAAAGGAAGUACACAGUGUUAAAUUUCCUGCAACAGAUUGGGCUCAGUGUACUUGAUAGAUGCAUUCACCCCUCAGAGGAAAACCUCAUACCAACCAGAGUCAAAAGUUUAAAAGAGAUGUUUAUGUAAAAACUAUGCUUUUUUCUGUUUUAAUUUGUAACUAAAAAGUCUGUCUGCAAUUUGAAUCCUGUGUUUUUUCUGUCUUUUUGAGUUGUUCAGAAAGUUUGUUCAGUAGCUUUUAGUGUGUUCCUCAAAAUGUAAUUUUUUAUUGACUUGUAUUUUUAAUUUUCUGAUGUUAAUUAAUUUUUCCUCUUUGGGUUUGAGGAUGGAAAGUCAGAUAACUACAUUAAAAAACAACCAAACAAAAUAAAAACUGAUCAUUA